AAGAAUUACAAAAGAUGUUUUUAUAACAAAUUUAAUAAUAUUAGUACUUCAGAAAGAAAAGCAUUAAGAAGAAAAAUUUUGAAAAAUCAGAUAAGAUUUAAUCGUAAAUGGGAAAUUAUAUAUAAUAGAAGAAACAAACAUUUUAGAAUAACUAGAAAAGAAGCGGGACUUGAUGACUAUGUUAUUUAUUCAAUACUUAAUACCAAUAUUACUAUGGAAUUAGGAGUAGCGGUGGGUAUGAUAGCACGUAGCAUACUUGCACUUUAUAAUCAAUUAGUAGCAGAUCGAGCAAAGAAUCCUUAUAUUACUCAGUGGCAGAAUACAGGGGAAAAUAUAAUUGUUUUGCGAGGAUAUAAUCACAAGCAUUUGAAAUAUCUCGAAAGUGAAACGAAAUUUGCAGCUCUCGGUAAGCACGCUAUUUAUCAUCGAUGGUGUCACAAUCGUUUAAUGUUGGUAUUAUCAUUACUCGGUCGAAGGGAAGAUUUCGAAGAUAUUUUCGACGGACUUCCAUCUUUACGAAGAUGGUAACACACAAUAUUUUAACUAUUCUCCACCAAUUUAAAAUUAUUUAAUGCAAUAACUGCGAUGUAUCAAAAACGACAUACAUAUGUACAGUCAAGUUAGAAUUGGUCGUAGUGCUAAUAUAAUUUUAUAUGAAGAU